AUGAAGUUCUUUGCUUGCCUCAUUAUCCUCACCAUCGCGGCCAUAUCGGCGGCCAAGCCGGUCGAGAAGCGGCAGAUGGGUGGUGUCCUCAUCUGCAACGGCGCCAACGCGACUGGCGACUGCUCCUACCAGGUCUACGAGCUCGAUAGCUGCCACAACAUGACCAGCCAGUUCUCCAACAACGCGGCGACGUUUGCGCCCGACGACGACGACUUCCACUGCUUCCCUUACCUGAUGGCAUGCGGCGGAAUCUGCACGUCGCCCACGGGUUGCUCGCCCGGCGCGAUCUCGUACGACACCCCCGAGAAGUUCAACCUGACUGCGCUGAGCGGAUGGGACCAUCUCAUCUCGUCGUUUGAGUGCAAUGCCGGUAGAGCUUCCUCAUGA